AUGAAGAUUACUUGCUUGACGCUGUUGUGCCUUUUUGGAUCUUCUAGAGCAUGGACAGGGGCUUCUAAGCUACCUCGGGCUACACAGACUUCCCUUAAUUCUGCAGAACCCACCAUGGCCCAAGGUGUUCAUACUCUUGAUGGAGAAGAAAUCAGAGGUCCCGUCCAACCACUUGGCAACAACAUCCUCGUUAGAGUGAAGGACACAUUGACUGCCACUGAAGGAGGAGUCUUGCUUCCCGAUCAAUCCAAGGAGCGACCAACAGAGGGCUUGGUUGUUGCUUCCGGCCCUGGAAAGAUUCACCCAUUCACUGCUGUUCGAAUCCGCAACCCAAUCAAGGAAGGAAUGUCUGUGCUUUACGGAAAGUUUGAUGGGAGAGCUGUUACGUAUGAUGACGACCAAUGCCAAAUAAUUAAAGAUGACAACUGUUUGCUUUACUACGAAGGCGUGACAAUGAAUCUUAAAAAUGUCGUACCAGUUCGAGAUUACGUCCUUAUCGAGCUUUAUGAAGAUCCAGAGACCUUGCUAACCAGCAGUGGCGUCGUGAUUGCAAGCCAAGUUAUGGCUGAAAAUGUCCCAUGUGAAGGUGUUGUGGUCAAGGUUGGAGAAGGACGCAUGGCAAGUAAUGGUGAACUCACCCCACCUCAAGUGGAAGUUGGAGACAGUGUCAAGUUCAAGGAUUACGCCGGAAACGACAUCAAGAUCGACGGAAAGGCUUACUCGUUGGUCAAGAUGGUCGAUAUCCUUGGUACAGUUACUCUGAGUGAAGAAUCUUAA